AGGUCCCAACUGCAAGCAGUCUCAUUCCAGUGCAUGCAUCAAGUGAGAGCACAGCAGCAGAAACAAGCAGCUAGCACGAUAGCUCAUGGAAUUACAUUAUUAGUAUAGAGAUUACCUGCAGUACUACAGCGGGAGAAACGGAGCUAUCUUUAAACUGCAUGCAUACGCUUCACUACUGGACUUAUCUCCCAAAGUCAGGGAACCUAAACAGAUCUCUACUACGCGAAACAGCCUCCCUAAAACCAGCUCCAACACGGGGAGGGGGUACUCCCGGAAUAAACUACAGAACCCCGCUGCUUAGCCGUGAGAUGCGUGGAUAGCGCUCAGAACUAUUACUGAAUAUUCCUACACGCGGAUUUGCAUGGACUCUACUGUACAGCGCUCGAACCCGUAGUCAUACACGCGGGUUCUCGGUUGGCGUUUUGGAAAGACCCUGUUUUAAAGCCGGGGUACCGGUACUGGUAUAGCAGACUUGUCGGUGAACGCAGCGGCCACCAUCAGCACUACUUUUCAGGAUUUAUUGGCACACUAUUUUUUACUUGUUUUUUUUAUGUUCCUGCCCUGUGGUUUAUGACAAUGGAUUAUUUGGUCUUUUUGUGCAGCAUUUUGCUGCCCAUGGCUUUAGCUGUUGAAGAAACGUUAAUGGACACGAAAUGGGCCAUAUCAGAGCUAGCCUGGACAUCCCAUCCAGAGUCUGGGUGGGAGGAGGUGAGCGGCUACGAUGAGGCCAUGAACCCCAUCCGCACCUACCAGGUGUGCAAUGUGCGCGAGCUGAACCAGAACAACUGGCUGCGGACUGGCUUCAUCCACCGCAAGGACAUGCAGAGAGUGUACGUGGAGAUGAAGUUCACAGUCCGGGACUGCAACAGCAUACCCAACAUCCCCGGCUCCUGCAAAGAGACCUUCAACCUCUUCUACUACGAGUCUGACUUGGACUCAGCCACAGCUAGCAGCCCCUUCUGGAUGGAGAACCCUUACGUCAAGGUGGACACCAUCGCCCCGGACGAGAGCUUCUCCAAGCUGGAGUCAGGCCGGGUCAACACCAAAGUGCGCAGUUUCGGACCUCUGUCCAAGACUGGCUUCUACCUGGCUUUCCAGGACCUGGGGGCCUGCAUGUCUCUCAUCUCCGUGAGAGUUUUCUACAAGAAAUGCUCCACCACCAUUGCCAACUUCGCCCAGUUCCCCGAGACGGUGACAGGCGCGGAGCCCACUUCUCUUGUCAUCGCCCCAGGGACCUGUAUCCCUAAUGCCCUGGAGGUGUCCGUCCCUCUCAAGCUGUACUGCAACGGAGAUGGGGAGUGGAUGGUUCCCGUGGGAGCCUGUACCUGCGCCGCCGGAUUUGAACCCGCGAUGAAGGACACUGAGUGCCUAGCCUGCAGCCCUGGCACCUUCAAGUCUCGCCAGGGAGAUGGUCUCUGCUCGCCCUGCCCCCCCAACAGCCGCACCAGUUCGGGCUCCGCCACUGUCUGCACCUGCCGAAACGGCUACUUCCGCGCCGACAGCGACUCGGCCGAGAUGGCUUGCAGCACUGUGCCCUCCUCCCCUCGCAAUGUCAUCUCUAAUGUGAACGAGACCUCCCUGAUUCUGGAGUGGAGUGAGCCACGGGACUCUGGUGGCCGUGACGACCUCCUGUACAAUGUGAUCUGCAAGAAGUGCAGCGUGGAGCAGGGCCUGUGCACGCGGUGUGACGACAACGUGGCGAUCUCGCCACGGCACCUCGGCCUCACAGAGAAGCGGGUCUACGUCACCAAUCUCCAGGCACACACGCAGUACAGCUUCGAGAUCCAGGCCGUUAAUGGAGUGUCUAGCAAGAGCCCCUACACACCGCACUUCUCAGCCGUCAACAUUACCACCAACCAGGCCGCUCCCUCUGCGGUUCCCACUGUUCACCUGAUGGGGGCUACAGCGAGCACCAUGAGCCUGUCCUGGCUUCCCCCAGACAGACCCAACGGGAUCAUCUUGGACUACGAGAUAAAGUACCACGAGAAGGGUCACGGUGAAGCGAUUGCCCACACGGUGACCAGCCAGCGCAGUGCAACCCGGAUCGAGGGGCUCAAGCCUGGCACUCCCUACGUGGUCCAGGUCCGAGCCCGUACGGUGGCUGGAUAUGGUAGAUACAGCAGCUCCUCCGACUUCAGCACCAACCUGCAGAGCGACCCGGAGAAGAAUAUUCAAGAGCAGCUGCCCCUGAUCGUGGGCUCAGCGACGGCCGGGCUGGUCUUCAUCAUCGCCGUGGUGGUCAUCGCCAUCGUGUGCCUCAGGAAACAGAGGAAUGGUUCAGAGUCUGAAUACACAGAGAAGCUACAGCAGUAUAUCACCCCUGGAAUGAAGGUCUAUAUCGAUCCCUUCACCUACGAGGACCCCAACGAAGCGAUCCGAGAAUUCGCCAAAGAAAUCGACAUUUCCUGUGUGAAAAUCGAGGAAGUUAUUGGAGCAGUGUUCUCCUGUGUGUCUCACGCUGCUGCCUCCCGCUCCGCAGGUGAGUUCGGGGAGGUGUGCCGCGGGCGUCUCAAGCUGCCGGGCCGCCGGGAGAUCAUCGUGGCCAUCAAGACUCUGAAGGUGGGCUACACGGAGCGGCAGAGGAGGGACUUCCUGAGCGAGGCCAGCAUCAUGGGCCAGUUCGACCACCCCAACAUCAUCCACCUGGAGGGAGUGGUCACCAAGAGCCGGCCAGUCAUGAUCGUCACAGAGUUCAUGGAGAACGGGGCGCUUGACUCUUUCCUUAGGUUGAAUGAUGGUCAGUUCACGGUAAUACAGCUGGUCGGCAUGCUGCGUGGCAUCGCGGCUGGAAUGAAGUACCUCUCGGAUGCGAACUACGUGCACCGGGACCUUGCGGCUCGUAACAUCCUGGUCAACAGCAACCUGGUGUGCAAGGUGUCCGACUUCGGACUGUCCCGCUUCCUGGAGGACGAUCCCACGGACCCGACCUACACCAGCUCGCUGGGAGGUAAGAUCCCGAUCCGGUGGACGGCGCCCGAAGCGAUUGCGUACAGGAAGUUCACCUCGGCCAGCGACGUGUGGAGCUAUGGGAUUGUCAUGUGGGAAGUGAUGUCAUACGGAGAGAGGCCCUACUGGGACAUGUCCAACCAGGACGUGAUCAAUGCGGUGGAGCAGGAUUACCGGCUCCCCCCGCCAAUGGACUGUCCCACGGCUCUGCACCAACUCAUGCUGGACUGCUGGGUGAAGGACCGGAACCUGCGGCCCAAAUUCGCCCAGAUUGUCAACACGCUGGACAAGCUGAUCCGCAACGCCGCCAGCCUCAAGGUCAUCUCCAGUGUCCACUCGGGGGUGUCCCAGCCCCUGCUUGACCGCUGUGUACCCGACUACACCACUUUCACCACUGUGGGGGACUGGCUGGAUGCAAUCAAGAUGAGUCGCUACAAAGAGAACUUCCUGAACGCCGGCUUUGCCUCCUUUGACCUGGUCGCCCAGAUGACAGCAGAAGAUUUGUUGCGGAUAGGGGUGACGCUAGCAGGGCAUCAGAAGAAAAUCCUCAGCAGCAUUCAGGACAUGCGUUUGCAGAUGAACCAAACACUGCCCGUCCAGGUUUGAGAGAAGAGCAUCCCCAACACGGAACUUUCUUGGAGAAAGAGAGAUACGACAAAUCAGACCCCAGCUGCCUGAAACACUCUAUCAAUUGAACCCUGGCUUGCAGUGCCUCAGACACUUUUCCUCUGUUAUUAUGUUACUGUAUUUUCAAUUCAUGUGUGUGCCAUGGGACAUGCUCAUGCAUGCGUUUGUGUGUUUGCAGGACAGCAGAUGCUAAAAAAAUAAUAAUGAUAAACUCCCAGAGAAAGAAAGAAAGACUUGGUUCAGGAGGAAACUUUGGACUUUGAAAAGCUAGCAAGGGUUUAUUGAUCCUACAUCUUUUAAUGUUUUUGUUGCAUUUUGGUUUUAAAGUCUUCAUAUUGAAGAUGAUGUAUGGAAACACCAGAACCCUUAGAAGUUUGUUGGAUUUUGUGUUCGAACUUCCAUGAGUGGAUGGACAGAAUCUCUUAUAGAACUUUAAUGAAAUUCUUAUGGAAUGGCGGAACGACUCCAGAUAGGAAUAUUAUGGAAAGAAGAAGAAGAAGAAGAAGAAGAAGAAGAAGAAGAAGAAGAAGAAGAAGAAGAAGAAGAAGAAGAAGAAGAAGGCCAAGCUUGGGUUCAGUGUUUUUGAAACACGUUUACUAUUACACUUUUUUGUUUAGUCCUCUCUUUAAUCUUUUAGGGAUUGUCAUGGACCUUAACACUGCUCUACACUAAAGGCACUGAAGCUUACUGGGUUAGCUGUGUGAGUUUGCAGCAUGGUGUGAUACAGGAGCCAGGGCUUUGGAUUGGUGCACCUCUCUUGGGGUGUAUGUAUGAGUUUGGGUUAGGGUUAGGGUUAGAGUUUGGGAGUGUUUAGAUUCUUUCACGCACACAAUCCCCUCUCCAGCCGCCAGCAGAGAGUAAAAAACAAACAGAAAUGACAAAUCUGCAUGCAUGUUGAAAAGUGCUUCAAAGUGUCUCCUUAAUCCAAAAUCCAAGUACAAAUACAAAAAUAUUUAGGUGGAAAAAAUGGACACAACUGUCAUUUUGGACAAGAAGGAAGCAGAGGACUUCAUUUUCAGUGAACGUCCAUGGAUUUCCUUUUUUUUUCACUGAAGGAAAAAAGGCUGUGGAUUUAAAGUAAAUAAUACAAACUGAUUUUUUUUUGUAAACAGAUUUUUUUUUUAAGUACCUACAGGAAUGCAACAAACAAAGCCAGUCACAGCAACAACAAAAAAACAAGAAGUGAUUUUUUAGCUCAUGUGCACGGACUAAAAUGAA